UGUGAAUUCGUGAAUUUCGUGUGACCAUCUAUGGUGUGACCUUUAACAACGCAUCUUCUUUGCAAGAUAAGACUAAACAAAAGCUUUUAAGCUCGCUUUUAAGACACAAACACAAUGAACCCUCACUUAGAGACACUUCCUUCUGAUUUCCUUUAUCACAUUGGGUACAAUAAAGAAGACGCAAAAAAACUAUUUGGAGAUGUAAAGUUUGUUGUAAUGGGUGGGAGCUCCAAGAGGAUGGAGUCUUUUGCUGUGAAGAUAGCAAAAGCCAUCAAUCACCCACAGACUGAGCCAAAGGAUUUAGACAUGACCAAGACUGACAGGUUCUGCUUUUAUAAAAUUGGACCAGUCAUAUCUGUUAAUCAUGGUAUGGGUGUUCCCUCAAUUACCAUAUUACUUCAUGAGAUUUUCAAGCUCCUUCAUUAUGCUGAAGCUGUUGAUCCUGUCAUCAUUAGAAUGGGUACCUGUGGUGGACUAGGUUUGCCUGCUGGUACUCUAGUGAUCUCUGAUAAAACUGUGAAUGGUUACGUUGAAGAAAAACAUGAAACGAUUAUUUUGGGUAAGAUAGUUCAAAGACCAGCUGUUAUGAGCAAACCUUUGGCAGACGAGAUCCUCAAGGCACAAACUGAUGCUACCUUUAUAACGACACUUGGGACAACUAUGUGUACUGAUGACUUUUAUGAAGGUCAAGGAAGGAUUGAUGGAGCUUGUUGCGACUACACUAAAGAAGAACAAAUUGCUUACUUGAAAGAACUACACCAGAAAGGUGUUUCAAAUAUUGAAAUGGAAGCAACUGCUUUAGCUUCUCUUUGCAACAAGGCUGGAUUCAAGUGUGCCAUUGUCUGUGUGACAUUGCUGAAUAGACUUGAAGGAGAUCAAGUGGAUAUACCACCUGAUGUUUAUGCCUCAUAUCAGGAACGACCACAAAAUUUAGUGUGCGAUUACAUUCGUGGAAAGCUGGCUGGAAACUAUUAGAUACAAUGUGUGCUAUGUAGAUAUAACUUAGUGUUAGAAUAGUUAUUAUUAUUAUUAGAAAAGACGUUGCUAUCCAUCUUUUAUUAGUAGAAAUUAGAGUUUAUAUUUAUUCCUGUGCUAUUUUUGUAUCAUAGAAUUUAUUUUUAAUUUUUAAUGAAAA